AUGAAGCUAUCAUCAAUCUUAGUUAAAGGUUUCUUAUUAUGUGGUAUAAUUGCUUCACCAGCUGCUACGGAAAGUUCAAUCAAUGCUGAAAGCUCCACAUUCUCUUCAGAUAAUUCCACUGAUUCAAUUAUGGCUGAAGCUGGAGGUGAAGGAAGAUUUUGCUUUGGUGCUAACAGUAAGUAUAAUGUAUGUCAUGGUAGUGUGGAAAAGUGUGUCAAGAAGCGUACAGGUGGUAGUAAAGACAAGAGCAAAAUUGAUGAUGCUACUAAGCUUUGUAAGUUUUAUUGCAGUGAAGUUAUGAAUACUACUCAAUGUAAACAGAGCAAAUAUAAAGCUGAUUACCAUCCAAAUUGGUCUUGUGAUAAACAACAAUAUUGCUAUUAA